AUGCAGCGCAUUCCGGACUCGCUCGGCACUCGGAGUGACCUCAGCGCAGGGCGCAAGGCGCAGCUGGUGCGGCGUACGCGCAAGCUCGAGCGGGUUCUUGGCGAACCCCUCGACGAGAAGCACGUGGAGCAGUACAUUGUGGAGCCGAGUCUCUCCACGACGACGGUCAUGACCAAGCUUGAAGAGGGCGUAUGGCCCGAGACGCCCACCGGCGGGCUGCCGGAGUGGGCUCGCGCCGAUGUCGUGCCCCGAUGCGAGAGCCGGACGGAGCAGGCGGAAGAGGAAUCCUCAGCGUCGCGGCAGCUCUCGCAUCAGCGCUCGCGCUCGGGCCUGGCGCUCAGCCGUAUGCGCUCGCUCAUGAGCCGCGACACUCCUCCGCCCGCCAAGAUUGUCGUGAACCUCACACGCGAGGUUCGCACCAUCGAGACGCAAGUGCGCAGCCACCCCAUGAUGCGUCACAGCGCGAACCGCGACGACAUCCAGCCACCGACACCGGACACCCCAAGAUCCAAUAUUACGGCCUCGACGAUCGAGACGUACGAGGAGGCAUCGCGCCGCCAGCGCCGCCAGCAGCUUGCCAAGCUCCAGCGCCUACUGGGCGUGCACAUCCCGCCACACGCGCUGCGUCCGCGGGAGGACGACCUCGUGCCCCGCUGCACACCGCAGCCGCGGAGCGCGUCCGAGAGCUCGAUCUCCCUCCAUUCUGGCAUGUCGCAUAUCUCGGCGUCGGACACGGGCCGCGGGCGGCUCGCAGCCCGUCUGCGCCGGACGGUGAAUCACACAACCCACACACCGAGCAUCGCCGAGCAGUCAUUCCAGGCCUUCAACGACGCCGACACGAUGAGCCGCGAGGAAAAGGCCGUAGCGCGCAAGCGCGCGUCCAAGCUCGAGCAGAUGUUUGGUCGCGUGCCCCCGCAAGACAUGUUCCUCCCCGUGCGUCCCCGCACCAGCGUGGAUGUCGAUGGCGUGCGCGAGUUUGCGGCUGGUGACCUGACCGAGGCCGCCAGUCCAAGAGACAGCGCACACGCGCACGCCUCGGCGCUCGCAGCGCUGAGCGGCUCACCCGGGUCGAGACACUCCCGCACGCCGUCCCACGACGCGCAUGCCGCGGUCGAAGAAACCCCCUCGGCGGCAUUCACGAGCUACCGCGACUCGAUCCGGUCGCUCAUCUGGCUCGUUGAGAACGACCAAGGCCGCCUCGCCAGCAUCGUCGACGAGAUUGCCGAGCUGGAAGACGCUGCGCCGCAGGGCCGCCGCGCCUCCUUCUCUUCAAACGACAUGCGCGCGACCGUCGAGGCGACCAGAGCGAGAUCUCCCCGCUCGCCACGCUCGCCCCGCUCCCCCAUGGCGCUCUUCCACUCGCUUGGGCGCGCGACGGGGCUUGUCGCCGAGCCACCUACGCCCUCCACGCCCGAAGUCAGUGCACACACCCUCGCGCGCCGGCGCACGCGCAAGCUGUCUGCCUUUUUCGGCGAACGCGUUGAUCCUGCCCACGCCCACGUCGUCCACCACCAGCACAUGCACAGCCUGCCCUCCGCGCAACCUCCACACACCCUCGCGCCUGCCAUACCCGCUUCAUUCCACGCCGUGCCCAACUUUGCGCCCAACGCUUACAGUCGGCCGCCAUCCGGCUCUAGAGCGUCCUCAAGCCACGGACCACGCACCUCCGUCUUUGGCUUCUCCGCACUGGCGCCAGUCGGUGUCCCGCGCACUGCUGCUCGGCGCCGUGAGACGUUUGACGGGGUGCUUGGAGAGCUGUGGCGCAAUGUCCAGACCGAGGCCGCCCAGGGGCGCAUGCGCGCCACAGAGUUCGGCAGCCUCCGUGAGAUGUGGUCCCGCCUCGGAAGACAGCGUGCUCAGUCCGGCGCAUGGGCCGAGCUGUAA